AUGCUAGAACGACGCGACGAUGACGGCGAGAACGCGAAGAAGCGACCGAGAGUCAGUCGUGCUGCCGACGAAGGCGCGGUCGAGGAGGCAGAGGCUGGGCCUUUUUCGACGCUGCACGACGACGUCGUGUCGCUCAUCCUGCGCUUCCUCGCACCGAACGAAUUAACUUCCCUCGCGCAGACGUGUAAAUUUUUCGCUGCGCGCUGCGAUCAAGACUUCCUAUGGAGGCAGUGCUACUUGGAGAGGUUCGGGAACACAAAGCAGGCGCAAGGAAACGGGAUGAAGAAGCUAUAUCUUGCGGCGGACGCGAUGGAAAUCAAUAGAGAACGUACAAAAGCGCCCGCAGGCUUCGAGAAAAUAUGCGCCGAGGCUUGCGCGGCGAAGCGUUCACGCCAAAAUGCAGUCCUCGCACCUUUGUGUGAACAGCUAGCGACGGACCGCGCCGCGAGCGAAUGGAAGUCACAUAGACAAUUUGCCACCGACGCCGACUCGCACGUGUGCAGUCGCCGCGCUGGUUGUUCAUACGCCGAAUUACCGAGUAAUGUGUUCGUCUGUGAACGCACGGGUAAGGUGCACGUGUGCGAUGACACAUGUUCAGAGCGCUACUUGGAUACUGAAAUCGGUACCGAGAUAUGCGAGGUUUCUGGGCGAGUCCUGGACACCGUUGCCGCGGAUGACGAAGAUGAAGAUCCACAAGCUGCUGCAGAGCAAGACCAGCAUUACUUCGAAAAAGGUUACUUCGGUCGUGCUUUCGAAGUUGGUUACGGCUGCGACAAUGAAGCAGAACUCGCGACGGCGCUCUGGGGAGGCCGACGCUAUUGA